ACUUCCGGAGUUCCUUCCUGUCUUUGGGGGUCUCUCUGGACGUUUAGGAGUUCCGGGCUUAAACGCCGCUUGGCGGGCAUGGAGGUGACCGAGCGAAAAAGCAGGUGGAGAGGCUUAGGGAUGAGCCCAGCUCAGGGUCCCACGGCAGUGGCAGAAAUGGUUAUGGACCCUGUACAGGACCAUGUGGUCUUUGAGGACGUGGCUGUGUAUUUCUCCCAGGAGGAGUGGGGCCUCCUUGAUGAAGCUCAGAGACACUUGUACCAUGCUGUGAUGAUGGAGAACUUUGCACUUGUGACCUCCCUAGGUUGUUGGCAUGGAGUCCAGGAUGAGGAGACACCUUCUGAGCAAGAUGUUUCUGUAGGAGUGUCACCGGUCAGGACUCCAAAGCCAGAUCCAUCCUCCAGGAAGGCCCAGCCCUGUGAGAUAUAUGGCCCACUCUUGAAAGACUUUUUGCAGCUGCUUGAGCAUGACAGAAUGUUCUCUGAUCCCAGACUAUACUUUGGUGGGGCAAACCUUUCACACCAGAAGGAGCAGAUUAGAGACAAACUUUCCAGAAGGGGUGAGGGGCAGCCUUCAUUUCUGACCAACAGCAGCGUUCACAUGGCAGAGAGGACCUUGACAUGCAACAGAGACAGAAAGGACUUCUCAGGCAGCGCAGGCCUUCUGCAGCAGCCGGCCCCUCACAGUGUGGGGAAGCCACACAGGGACACUGAGUGCAGGGAGGCCUUUGGUAGGGGACAGAGUGAUUACAGGUGUACUCAGUGUGGGAGAGCCUUCAGCUGAGAAAAGAUGCUUGUUGAGCACCAGAAAAUCCACACUGGAGUAAGGCUUUAUGAGUGCAGCAAAUGUGGGGAAUUCUUCAAGUACAAUGCUAACUUCAUAAAACAUCAGAGAAUUCACAAUGGAGAAAGCCCUUAUGAGUGCAGAGAAUGUGGAAAAUUCUUUAGAUAUAACUACAGACUGGUAAGACAUGAGAGAAUUCACACCAGAGAAAGGCCAUAUGAGUGCAGUGAAUGUGGGAAAUCUUUCAUGUACAGCUCAACAUUCAUUAGACAUCAGAGAGGUCACAUUGCAGGAAGGCCUUAUAAGUGCAGUGAAUGUGGGAAAUUCUUUCAGUAUAACUCCACACUCAUUAAACAUCAGAGAGUUCACACUGGAGAAAGGUUUAUUUAUAAGUGCAGUGAAUGUGGAAAAUUCUUUAGGUACAACUCUGCAUUCAUUAAACAUCAGAGAGUCUACAGUGGAGAAAGGCCUUAUGGGUACAGUGAAUGUGGGAAAUUCUUUAGGUACACCUCCACACUCACUAGACAUCAAAGAAUUCAUACUGUAGAAAGGCCUUAUGAGUGCAGUGAAUGUGGAGAAUUCUUUAACUACAAGUCCAAGUUUAUUAAACAUUGGCAAAAUCACACUGGAGAAAGGUCUUACGAGUGCAGUGAAUGUGGGAAAGGCUUCAGGUACCACUGUAGACUCAUUAGACAUAAGACAGUUCACAGUGGAGAGAGGCCUUAUGAGUGCAGCGAAUGUGGGAAAGCCUUUAGCCAUAAGAAUGUACUUCUUCAGCAUCAGAAAACCAAUACUGGAGAAAGGCCUUAUGAGUGCAGAAAAUGUCAGAAGGCCUUCAUUAGGAAGUCCUACCUCAUACAUCACCAGAAAAUCCACAGUGAAAACUAUAUGAGUGCCCUUAAUGUGGCAAACUCUUUAGAUACAACUCCAACCUCAUUCAGCAGAGAAUUCACAGUGGUCAAAAACUUAUGAGUUCAGAGAAUAUGGUAAAUUCUUUAGGUACUACUCCAAACUCCUUACACUGGAGGAGCACCUUAUGAGUUGAUGUUGGAAUGGGCCUUAUGAGUACAGAAAAUAUGGGAAAUUGGUACAGCUCCCCACUCAUUAGGCAUCAAGAGUUCACAUUGGAGGAAGGCCUUCUGAGUGCAGUGAAUGUGGAUAAGUCUUUAGGUGAAACGUCAGGUCCAUUGCACAUCACAGAUUUCACAAUGCAGAAAGACCUUGUAAGUACAGUGAAUAUGGGCAUAUGUUCAGCCAAAAUUUCUACCUCAUUCACCAAAAAUUUCACAACAGGGGGAGUGUUGCAAAUGGGGAAAGACUUCAGCAAAAUAUCUGCUGUAAUCUAUCCUUAAUAGUAUCCUAAUACAGUAUUUUUUUUUUUACAUUUUACAUUUUUGAUUGUGGCAAAAUACAUGUAACAAAGUUUACCCUCUACGUUUUUGUUUUUGUUUUUGCGGUACACGGGCCUCUCACUGUUGUGGCCUCUCCCGUUGCGGAGCACAGGCUCCGGACGUGCAGGCUCAGCGGCCAUGGCUCACGGACCCAGCCACUCCGCAGCAUGUGGGAUCUUCCCGGACCAGGGCACGAACCCAUGUCCCCUGCAUCAGCAGGCAGACUCUCAACCACUGCGCCACCAGGGAAGCCCUACCCUCUACCUUUUUAAUUGUACAGUUUAGUGUGUUUACAAAUUCAAGUAUUUGUGCAACUAAUCUCCAGAAUUCUUUUCAUCUUGCAAAAAUGAAACUCUAUACCCAUUAAACAACAUCUCUUCCUAUGCCCUCUCUAUUGGACCUGUCUCUAUGAAUUUUAUUACUCUGGAUAAUUUAUAUAAGUGUAAUCAUACAUUUUUCAUCUCUUUGUAACUGGCUUAUUUAGCUUAGCAUAACUUCCCCAUGUUGAAGCAUUUGUCAGCAUUUCCUUCUGUUUUGAGAAGGAAUCAGAAUUGACCCACCCAAGACAUGGGGAAGGGUGCUGAUGGAGUCAAUACUACCUUGCCAGAUAUGAUUUUUGUAGAGGAAGAGAUUUAGAUUUUCUUAACCCCUUUAUUGUUGUACUGACAUACAAUAAACGGCAUUUAUUAAAAAUGUAAGAUGUAUUUUCACAUGUGUGCAUAAUGGGACCAUCACCAAAGUCACGAUAAUAAACAUGUCUGUCGUAGAGUUUCCAUUGGCCCCUUUGUAUUCUCUCUGUCAGCCCUAGCCAACCUGCCAUCUCUAGGGAGACAUUAUAGUUUUUUUUUCUUUUUUCUUUUUUUUUUUUGGCUGUGCCACACAUCUUGCGGGAUCUUGUUCCCUGACCAGGGAUUGAACCCAGGCCCUCAGCAGGGAAAGUGUGGAGUUCUAACCCCUGGACCUCCAGGGAAUUCCCAAUAUAGUUCUUAUUUUCUAGUAUUUUAUAUAAAUGGAAUCCUAUAGUUACUCUUUUAUGGCUGCUUUCACUAAGUGUAUAAAUAUGUAUUUAGUGUUAUCCCUUUUGUGUGCACAAAAGCAUGGCAUCAUAUAAGAAUAAACAAGCCUCUGUUAUGUAGUAAAGCUGUGUGUUCUGACAGGCACUUUGAGAAAAAGUUGUUUAAAGUGGGAAAGUGAAGUUUAAGUAAAUUUAAAUUCAAUUUCAUAGGAAAUUAAUAUCUUUAAAAAUUUUGAACCAUGUGCCUCGUAAACAAGCUUCCACCGACACAUCUUUCUAGAUUUUUCUUAUUUGACUUCUUUUUUCUUGUAGUGUCUUUCAGCUAUGUCUUUGUGUCAUAAAAGUUCUUAGCGCAUUUUUAAAUCAUUAAUCAUUUUGUUGUGGUUGUGGUAAAAUACACAUAAAAUUUAUCUACCAUCUUUAAAUGUUCAGUGAUGUAUCUUGGCAGGAGAUGGCAUGUGAUAAUUCGCUGUCCUUUAGAGCUAGGCUUCAGAUUUUGAAAGAAAUCUUAGUAAUAAAUAUCAUUUCAAUAAAAGUGUUGUUUGCUAGGUUGGAACGCGAUCACUGAUUAUCAAGGCAGGAAAGUUACCUGUCUCCAAUUCUUCCUCAUGCCCUGUCUGGGGUCUUUUCUUGCAUAUUCAAUAUCAUGAAACAGCCUCUAAAAUUUCAGUCUAUUUGACAGUCAACAAGACAGCUGACAACUAUGUGUGGACAUAGAAUGUCAUGAUAUAGUGUGUCUGUUUCGGUGUGUAGAUUUGGGAACUUGCUGUAGUUCAUAGAGUCUGAAAUUACAGGUCCCUAAUCUUUGUGGGCUUUUCCAAGACUGCUCUCCAAAUCUGGGUGCGAUUUAAGAGUAAGCAAGGCCUGUCCCACGUUUGGAGCAGGGAACUCCUUUUCCCAGUGUCCCUGAGGGUGCCUCUUGGCUUUUAAUAGGCCAGGUAGGAAGUAACUCAUUCUGUGAGAGAUAGUAGGUGGUGUUAGCAGCGGAAACUACAUUACCCAGAAGUCUCUCCGGUGGGCGGUCGCCGCUGCACAGCCUUGUGGGUAGAGUAGUUUCCACUAUGGGUGUGAACCUGUGCUUUCUCAAUGUUGGUAGUUCCAGAUUGUGGCUAAAGGCCGAGCGAGGGCACGAAGGGCUCUGGGAAAUGCGGUUCUUAGGCUGUAAACCCGGCAGGGCUUCUCUGCCUCUUUAAGGCGUUAUACCCAGAUUUCCUUGGAGUGUAGUCUACGGCAAGUCACAGAAAUGUUUAGAGACAUAUUAUUUCAGACUGCAUGAAUCGCAGCAAAUUUCCAAAGACUGCACAUAGAAAGGGAUCCACCAUACCAUAAUGUUACUUGUCAUCCUCUCAUAGCUGUCGGCUAUCUUGCUGCUUGUCAAAAACACGUACACUCCCGCUUUUCAUGAGUUUCAGUAGCUUCGCUCAAGCACAAUAUAAAAAGCCCCCAGACAGGGCUUAGGAUGGUGAACUUGGAGAAGGGAUGUCUGGAGGCACCAGAAAGGGUGACGAUGUGCACCUGAUUCCCACAGAAAACAUCCUUCCUGCCUGAAUAGUCAGUGAUGGUGUUUCAACAACAUUGCUAUUUAAGAUAAUAUUACUUCAUGUCUGAGAUAUACACCAUUUUGGGACUUCCCUGGCAGUCCAGUCGUUAAGAUUCCACGCUCCCAAUGCGGGGGGCAUGGGUUCGAUCGCUGGUCGGGGAACUAAGAUCUUGAAUGCUGCACAGCAGGGCCUAAAUAAAUUAAUUAAUUAACUCUGAGGUUACUCCAUUUCUUUUAAGAAAUGUGAAACCUCUCUAAAAGAACAGGGACUUAUCACAUGCCAUCUUCUGCCAGGACAGAAUAUUUCUCUCCUGAGAAUUUGACCACGUGUGCAAAGGGGCCAUCUUAUUCGUGACAUAAAGGUUUGGGAUUCUGUGAUCUCAUUUUCUUGCUGGAAAAUGGUUUGUCAUUUCAACUGUAAUUGCAGCAACAGUAUACACAGGGAGUUGAGAUUAUCUCUGGGAAAACAGUUGUUAAAUGGAUAUUACUAAAUGUUAUUAAUAAUAAUUUUAUAGGUUUUCAAGGAAAGUGGCAGAAAUGGUUCUAGAGAAAUUUAUCUGUGAGAGUGGAGAAAAAAAAGGUAAGAAAUCAAUGAAGUCUGAAAAAGAGUCACUGAGUCUGAGAAGUCAGAGAAUGAAGCUGAGAUUUCAAGGCUUGCUGAAACCUUAGCCACACUCAGAGUUUGGUUCCAAAAUGUGAUUUUUUUUUAAAAUACUUGAAAACAUGAUGCAUUAACAGCUUGGAGGGAGAGGUAAAGACAAUAUUUAAAAAGAGUUGCCAGAGAGGUAAAAAUGAAUAAAGAAGUUGUGCUGUUGUGUAUUUACUGAUAUACAACUGUUCAAUGAGCACUAACAAGGAUUCAGGUCCAAAAGUAGGUGCAUGACAGACAUCAGGAAUAGGACUACCAGCUGUUCUGCAUAUAGAGCACACAUCCUGUAUCCUGUAUUGAUACUGUCAGAAUGCCCUAAAUAUCCUGUAUUUAGCUUUUUACAAUAUAUUACAAAAACUCAGCAGUUAGAGCUAUUUUUCUCUCACUGUAAUUGGCAGUUAAAUCACUUAGUGGCAACAUUAGCUCAUAAACAUAGCCCCAGAAAUAACCUUCUGGACAAUGCCUUCUGGUCUCUCCUUAGGGUCUGGCUAAGGAAGAACAAAAGAGGGGACUAAUAAUUAAAGUGUUUAUUUUUCAUAACAGGAAAGCAAAGACUGUUCUUUAGCCCAAUUCCAAAAUGUUGAACAAGAAAACAUGGUUUUUUAGAGAUAACUUCACAUAACCUGUGAAAGCCAGCCAGUCAGCAACAGCCUCACCCCAGUAAACUGAAGCUUCUGAAAAUUCGCAAAUAAUUGAUAGUCCCAACCUUCUAGAAUUCAGCCUAUCAGUGUUCAGGCCCCAGUCCUGAAAGACAGCCAAUCAGUGACAGCCCCAGCCCCUAGGUAACAACCAAUCAGUAAGUGCCUCACUAUAGCAACCUUGCUUCUGAAAGUCCUAGUCAACAGUAGUGAGCAAAGUAACACACCUGGAAGUCCAUCAAUCAUUAAACAUGCCCAUUUCUGAAAGUCUGCCAAUUCCUGAAUGCCAGACUUCCCAAAAGGUCCUAUGAGAACCGCUCUGGCUUUUUUUGAGGUGACUGCCUGACAAUUAGAGCAGGCAGGCAAACAGAAUGUUCCCCCUCCUUUUUUUUUUUUUUUAUCAGAUACCAAGUUCAAUUCACUGUUAGUUCACAAGUUUGAAAACCUUUCAACGGUUCAACCUGUUAGCAGUUAUGAGUUUGGACUUGUAACAGACAAACUGACACACGUGAGAUUUCAAAGGCAAUGUUUUCUAUUCUUGCUGAAAUUGCUAUUAUCUAUUUUUUAUAUUUACUGAAUAUAAAAAUGCAAAAUGCAAAUAUAAAUUUUGUGAUGGGGCUUCCCUGGUGGCACAGUGGUUGAGAGUCCGCCUGCCGAUGCAGAGGACACGGGUUCGU